CGGCUGCCCUGGAAGCCAAAGAGGAUGGCGAGCAGUCAGCAUUAAGGCAGGGAGGGGUGGCCCGGCUGAAGCGGAGCCAGGGCAGGAGCGCUACCAUGUCCACGCAGAGGCUUCGGAACGAGGACUACCACGACUACAGCUCCACUGAUGUGAGUCCAGAGGAGAGCCCGUCUGAAGGUCUGAGCAACUUCUCCCCAGGCUCCUACCAGCGGUUUGGGGAAAGCAACAGUACAACAUGGUUCCAGACCUUGAUCCACCUAUUAAAAGGCAACAUUGGCACAGGACUCCUGGGGCUGCCUUUGGCAGUGAAAAAUGCAGGCAUCCUGUUGGGUCCCCUCAGCCUGCUGGUGAUAGGCAUCGUGGCCGUGCACUGCAUGGGAAUCCUGGUGAAAUGUGCUCACCACUUUUGCCGCAGACUGAACAAGCCCUUUGUGGACUAUGGGGAUACCGUGAUGUAUGGCCUGGAAUCUAGCCCCACCUCCUGGCUCCGGAACCACGCCCACUGGGGAAGGCACAUUGUGGACUUCUUCCUGAUAGUCACUCAGCUGGGAUUCUGCUGUGUGUAUUUUGUGUUUCUGGCUGACAAUUUUAAACAGGUGAUAGAAGCAGCCAAUGGGACCACCAACAACUGCCACAACAAUGAGACAGUGAUUCUGACCCCCACCAUGGACUCGCGCCUCUACAUGCUCACUUUCCUGCCCUUCCUGGUGCUGCUGGUUUUCGUCAGGAACCUCCGAGCCCUGUCCGUCUUCUCCAUGCUGGCCAACAUCACCAUGCUGGUCAGCCUGGUCAUGAUCUACCAGUUCAUCGUUCAGAGGAUCCCAAACCCCAGUCAUCUCCCCUUAGUGGCACCCUGGAAGACAUACCCUCUGUUCUUUGGCACAGCCAUUUUUGCAUUUGAAGGCAUUGGGAUGGUUCUGCCCCUUGAAAACAAAAUGAAGGAUCCCCGGAAAUUUCCACUUAUCCUGUAUGUGGGGAUGACCAUCAUCACUAUCCUCUACAUCAGCCUGGGGUGUCUGGGGUACCUGCAAUUCGGAGUUAAUAUCCAAGGCAGCAUAACUCUCAACCUGCCCAACUGCUGGUUGUACCAGUCGGUCAAGCUUCUCUACUCCAUUGGGAUCUUCUUCACCUACGCUCUCCAGUUCUAUGUCCCUGCUGAGAUCAUCGUCCCCUUUUUUGUGUCCCGAGCACCAGACCAUUGUGAGUUAGUGGUAGACCUGUUCGUCCGCACAGCACUGGUCUGCGUGACAUGUGUCUUGGCCAUCCUCAUCCCCCGCCUGGACCUCGUCAUCUCCCUGGUGGGCUCCGUGAGCAGCAGCGCCCUGGCCCUCAUCAUCCCGCCCCUCCUGGAGAUCCUCACCUUCUACCCAGAGGGCCUGAGCCCCCUCACCAUCGUGAAGGACGCUCUGAUCAGCAUCCUGGGCUUUGUGGGCUUUGUGGUGGGCACCUACGAGGCCCUCUGUGAGCUCAUCCAGCCAAGCAGAGCUCCCGUCUCCAACAACUCCACCAGUGCCUUUAUAUAGGGAUCUGGGCGCAUUCUCUGCACCUGUACCCCAUCCCCUCCCUCAUCUGUCCUCCCAGUACCUGUCCUCAGAGCCUCAGGUAAGGCCCAGUCUCUGGGGAAAGACAGGGUUGCUGUCUGGGAACCCCUCUUCCUGGCACCUGGUGCCAGGCAAGGCUGAGGGUGGGGGAUAGGGUGGGUAGCUGGUACAUGGGAGGCAGGAACCAUUAGUGACAGCGCGUUCACUGUUCCCUUUGUAUUUAUUUUAACUCGGAACUUUUCAGCUCUUUGCCCUCAUCAUGCCUCUUUCCUUCUACCUGCCUUCUCCCUCUAACCUACCUCCCCCAGAUUAUUCCUGUUGCACAACUCACUUUAUUUAAAAAUUUUAUUGUCCCCACCUCAUGUUUCUCCUUUCCUGGGCCAGGCUUAGAUUAAAUAAGUGGGAGCUCUCCCUCUUUAUAUAGUCAGGCCUUUCUCUUUCUCAUCUCUUUCCCAAGUAUUUUACCUCAAUAUUCUCCUAUUCAAGUCUCUAGGGGGUAGCUAGACCUACCUAGAAGCUUAAAGCUGGCCUCCAAAGCUGGCGCUUUUACUGUUAACCCUCUCUGGCUUGAUGUGACCACUAGGGCAACACUUUCUCUUAUCUAAAUUCCUCAGCCUGGGUCAUAAUACUAUAUUCUUAGUUGCUUUAGCUCAUAAAAGAUACGAAGUGUUACGAAAAUAUUUGUAGUUUAUUUAAAAUCAGAUUUUCAUUUUUAAAACUGUCUCUAGAAUUGAGGUCAUUAUGAAUUGUUUUUUCUCCAAAAUUUGCUCAGCUUCUCCUUCUGAAAAGAAGAUUGCUCCGGAAAUGUCUGCUUAGGUUUUCAGCACUCUUGGCUGAGUUCCCCAAAGGUUUGAAUCAGAAAUAAUCUCACUAUGUACCUCUGUGUGUGGGGUGGGGGGCGGGGGGUGGAUUUUGCCUCCCAUUGACCAGCCUGAUUUCCUACUGAGAAGACAGUAAAGGACUCCGGAGUGUAUUUGCAAGUGCACUAGCCUGAGUGAAAGGAUGGCUAAGGUGGAUGUGUCUUUCGUGGGAGGCUUAUUAAAGGCUGUUAUGUGUGUUUGGGCCUAUUUUUCAGCCCCAGCCCAAGACAAGUGAAAGGGAUGGCAAUGUUCAGUUCCUGUCGUGCUGGGCAGACACCCCUCUGCUGCCAUGGAUGAUAAGUUGAGGUCAGUGUGCAGGAGAGUUUGAAAUAAGUCUGAAGAAUUGACAGCAGCUGGUCUGGCACUAUGAGUGGUUCUCAGUUUAUAGUUGAUAUAGGACAGAUCAGAACCAGUGCCUACCUGAAGCUGCCUCUACUAUCUUCUAAGAUGAGACUCCUAAGGAACUGCUUGGUUGGGCCUUCUGUUCCUUGCUUUCUGAGCACUAAUUAUGAUCCCGUCCUUCCCUGACUGUUAGAAACAGCCUCAGGGUUGGCUCACCUCAGAGUACCCCUUCAGAUUUGGGAACAAACUUCAGAGAAGGCAAAAGAAGGUGAUGGCCGUGCUUUGGGCUGCCACUUCUUCCCUCUUGGGAUGAGAAGUGUUUCAGAAGGGCAUUCACUAACUCUCCAUUUCUUUAGCUGGAGUGUGCGUGUGUGUACACAUGUGUGUAUGCAUGUAUGCACGUGUGUGAGAGACAUAAAGGGAGACAGAAUGGAUUCCUUGUCUCUCAGGCCCUGAUGUCCCUCACUCCUGUCACGAGGCUUUCUUUUAUCUGGAGAUAACGGUUCUCCCUGAAAGUUGGUUGAAGGAGAGAAGCACAGGUGUAUCCAGGUUUUGUUUUUGUUUUUGUGUCUCACCAACACUCAUAAGGGCUGUGACCCACCCUCAUGGCCUUGGCUUUUUCUUUUUCUUCUGUCCCAGAGCCAAUAGUGCUGGCUUCCAGGCAAAGGGACAAGGAAAGGGGACUCUCUCAUAUACAGGGUCUCUUAACCUAGCUAGUAAUUUAUUAAAUUAGGAAGACUUGAUCAUUGGUGACUUGUUCUCCCUUGGGAGAAAGACACUUUUCACCCUUACCCCUUCUCCCCUUUGGUGGUCACUAACAGGUGCUUAUGGGGACCCUGCCCCAUGAAGUCUCAGGCUUACACGUGACCGAGGUGGGCUCAAGAAUUGCCAUGCCCUGUUGGCAGGCCCGGAGUCCAGCAACACAGUUGUUACCCAGCAGUUUCACACAGUGGUCCUGCUGGUUGUUAUCAGUGAGACGUUGUGUGCCAGUAGAAGGGGGUCAGACUUGCAUCCUGCCCUCCACUUCCUCUGUGGAGGCUUCUGUGUACUCAGGGAGCUGCUAGACAUAGUCCUGUUCGGAUGAGUUCUGAGGUUGGGGCUUUGCUGCUGGUACCUUAGGACUGGACAGCAGAAACACUGACGUCUUCUGGCCUCACCUCUUAGCAAGAGGCAGGCUAUUGCGUCAUGGUCCCUUGACGAGUGUGGGUGUGGGAGAACCAGCUGUUGCUUUGGGGCUUCCAGAGCUGAAUUGGGAUGGCAUAUGCUCUGUUUGCUCUCUUUUCCUGUGCCCCUGCUACUUUCACAGCCUGAUUGAAUGGCUAUUUCAGAAGACCUGGUCAAGACGGGUCCAGUCAGUGGACCUUCCUGGCUGUGCAGUUGUACAGCUCUUGGGUGUCGAGUAAACGGGCAGCCGAAAGAUGGCGGGGCAGGAAGCCCUUCCUCCUCUUCUGGAAGCAGCCCCAUGGGCAGGUCCAGGUCCUCUUCUGCUAUCCACUGGGCUUCUUCACUCCGAGAGUUCUCCCUGCUUUCUUCCCACUGUGGGUUAGGAACCAGUUUCCCAGCCAUUCCCUGCACGUUGCCUCUGGUCCCUGAGGAGAAGUCUAGGCAGCAUAAGUAGGAGUUUGAUCAAGGAGCAACAGAGCAAAGACUGGAGUGUGAGGCUGGAUCUGAUGGAGCACAGGCAAACCAGGGGUUUUCUGGCGAGGUACUGUUACAUUCUGUGUCCCUACCCUCUCCCCGCUUCAGUCCUACACUUCAUGAGUCCAGAGGUCGCUUUCUUAGAACCCCUUGUUGGUUCUCUUCUCUGAAUGUACUGUUGGCAGUGUACCUCCUCCUUAAUCCAGGGACUUGUAGGGAAGAGUGUGACCCAGCCCUUUCUGUUGACACUGCCCAGGAGCUGUCGCUGUUCACAAGUGGCAUUAUUUAUAUUAUACUGUCCAGCUACUAAGAGCCCUUCAGCUGCAGCUAUGUGGGAAUACAGAACAUGUCUUAGCUUAGAACCUGCAGUUUAUACCUUCCCUCUCCUGUAACCCCACCUUUCCAGCCAGAUUCACUGGCCGAUGCUCAUUAUUCUCUCUCUCCAGCCCCAUGAAAGGUAAAAUUUGCAGUUUCACCAAAAUUUUUAAGUGUUGAUCCUAAGCAGAUGCAUUAGAAUAAUCAUUCCUCACCCCACCCCUGCCUCUUCUCUUAUUACUUUUUCUUCCCAAAUUCCUUCCUUCCUAAGUUGUAGAAUGUCAAAUCCAUUUAACACUACAUAUUCACUUCAUGUUCUUUGGAAGUGCAGAAUCUCAAUUUAUGUUUGUUUACGUCUGUCUCUAUUCACUACUCGCAGCAGGGGACCUCUGUUGUGGGUUAUUUCGUAGCUGAUCAGAUGUUAAGGCAGGCCCCAGCAGCUGACUCCAGUCACAACACACUGCUGCUCCCUUGCCGUGGAGACAGAGCACAAGCGGCAGGACUGGGUGAUUAGGGAGGUCUGCUUCAUGUCUGCCUUAGAAUUUAAUUUCCCAAAAUGUACGGUUCAGAUCUGCUAGACUAUGAGGUGAAAAGGAAGGGCUGUGGUGGGCCUUUGAAGUCAUAAACAGGACUUGUAGACAAUCAGUCCUGCUGGUUGCAAGGCUGUUUGCUCUGACAGCAGCAGCCUUUUCCAUUCCUUUUCCAUUCUUUGUGCCACUGAGUCAUUCCCUGGCCAGAGGGCAUAAAUGGUGCCGAUAUGAAGUUACCAGAGUGAAGGGGUGUGGAAAGUGGGGGUAGAGGAAGCCUAUUGUAAACCAUGUUCUUUUGUGUGAAUCAUCGUGAUGCUGGGAAAGCUUUUUUUUAGUGAACAGUAAAAUCAAACAUGUCAAAGGGUGUAUAAGUAAGAUGAAUAAAGAAAACUAUCAUACAGCAGAUCUCUAAAGCCCGACAGUACUGUGUAUGUUCUGUGCCUACACAGAUGUGUAUUUCCAGCGUGGUAUGUGUGGUGAUGUUGACUGUGUAAGAGUUGUAGAAGGUCUCAUUUUGGGUUCUGAAUGUGGAUCAUGUCUUAAACAUUUUCUUUUCAAUAAAUGAAUUUUAUUUUUUAUUUUUGA